AUGCAUGUGGGCACCAACCAGACUAUCACCACUGAGUUUGUCUUCCGACCCUUCUCCAUCGUACCCACCAUGCAGUGGCUCCUCUUCAUGCUCUUCCUCCUACUCUACCUCACCAUUAUCACUGGCAACACAUCUAUCAUCUGGGUGGUCCACACUGACCAUGCCCUCCAGUCCCCCAUGUAUUUCUUCCUGGGGAACCUGGCCUUGCUGGAGGUCUGCUACACCACCACAGUGGUGCCCCAGAUGCUGGCCAGCAUCCUAGAUCCCCACACCACCAUCUCCUUGACUGGCUGUGGGAUUCAGAUGUUUCUUUUUGUGGCACUAGGGAGUACUGACUGCUUCCUCCUGGCCAUCAUGGCAUAUGAUCGAUAUGUGGCCAUCUGCCACCCAUUGCUCUACCCCCUUGUCAUGACACGGAAGCUCUGUCUUCACUUGGUGAUUAUCGCACUGUCAUUGGCCUUCCUGCUCUCACUGGAGCUGACAGCAUUGAUCUUUGCUAUGUCCUUCUGCAAGCACCAGAUCAACCACUUCCUGUGUGAUGUGCCACCUAUGCUGCGCCUGGCCUGUGCUGAUGUCCACAUCCACCAGACCGUCAUGUUCAGUGUGGGUGUCAUUGUCUUGACCAUCCCCUUCCUCCUGAUCUGCCUCUCCUAUGUCUUCAUUGUGGCUGCUGUACUGCGCAUCCACUCGUCCCAAGGCCGUCACCAGGCCUUCUCCACCUGCAGCUCCCACCUGACAGUGGUGCUGCUUCAAUAUGGCUGCUGCAGCCUGGUCUACUUGCGUCCCAAGUCCAGGUCUUCAGAAGAAGAGGAUCGUCAGCUUGCUCUAAUAUACACCUUUGCCACCCCCAUGCUCAACCCCUUGAUCUACAGCCUGAGGAACAAGGACAUCAAGGGUGCUCUGCGAAGAGCAGUCAGACGGACCAUCAUUUCCCAGCCUCGCUGA